AUGUAAGUUUCAAUAGAGAUUGCAACUUGGACUUAAAAUAAUCAUGGGCUAUUUGACUAUGAAUCAAAAGACCUAAAGAUUACUAAAAUAAUAGUGGAAAAUUCAAUGUACUUAAUUCUUAAUAGUAUUAUUUUUUGUUUAUUUUUCAAUUAGAAGAUGUAGUUGAAUAGUCAAAAACACAAAAUGAAAAGUGUAUAGGGAAGAUAAAUUUUGAGAAUGGUUAAAUAUGUAUUAAUGAUAAUGAAAUUAGAUUAUUAUAGCAAUCCAAAAUUUAUAGACUCAUAUGUGAAAUUGGACCCUAAAUAUAAAUAAUAGUUAUAAGUUGGAGAGUUGUUUAAAUUUGGAAGAAUGUAAAAAGCAUAUAAAUAAUGUAGUGAAUAUUUCAUAUCAGAACUAAAUAUUGGAGAUAAGGUUUAGAUUGCAGAAGACCAUUAUAAUUUAGAUCGUCAUAUUAAAUCUGAUAAGAACAAAGUAACUAGACAAUGCAAAUUUUGUUUAAUGGAAGAUUUGGAAUAGGUUGAAGAUCCAGCUAAUCCAUAUCUUACUAAUUUGUGUGGUUGUUAAGGUCACAUGUCCUAUGUUCAUUAUUAAUGCUUAAAGUUAUGGAUUAACUUUAGUAACCGCAUAACUCGUAAAUAAACUUAAAACACAGUAUAGUAUAAUUGGAAUCAAGCAUUAGAAUGCGAAGUAAUAUUAUUAUGAGUCAUACAGAUAUGUAAAGUACCUUUGCCAGCAAGAGUUUAUAUUGAGAAUUAAAAAUAACCACUUCAAUUGAUUUAAGUAGAUAAAAUGGAUGGAUCAUACAUAAUUCUUGAAUAGAUAACUCGUUAAGAUAAUUUAUCAAAAAGUUUAAUAUUUAUUCAUGCCUUUGGAACUAAUUUGAUAUCAAUUGGUCGAGGACAUAUUAGUGAAGUGAGAUGUUAGGAUAUAUCAGUAUCUAGAAAUCAUGCUCAUAUUUCAUUUAAUAAUGAUAAUUGGUGGAUUUAGGAUUAGAAAAGUAAAUUUGGAACUUUGAGAAUAAUACCUGAUAAAUUAUUAAUAGAUGAUGAAGUUAAAGAAAUUUAAAUAGGUAGAGUUUUACUUAAAAUUAAAUUAAUUUGA